AUGUCUUUGAUUGCACCAUCACUGGAAUCCAGAGAAACAAUGGAGAGCGAGGCCACACUAGUUGGCGUCCCUGAGACGAUCCAGCCAGCCUCGGCAAAUCGGGCUCAUCAUCAUGAUCAUUCUAUUUCUGGUCGGCACACCGUCGGGCUAUUCGAGUUUAUGAAGGUCAUGCUGAAGAUGACGCUUCUAUGGCUGAAUCUCCUCCUUCUCCCCUUGUGCGGCUGGAACGCUGCCAACUCUACACUAAUUCUUGUCAUGCGAGGGGUCCCACUGGGAAAACAACUGGAAGUAUUUCUUCGUUUCUCUUAUAACAUGGCCAAGAUGGAACUCGGUGCAACUGGACUGUCCAUAUGA